CCCAACUCUCCUCUCCUCCUGCAGCUAUCUGGAAGAGUUUAGUAUUCAUCUCUUCAGCGCCUCCAUCACCCGUCGCUUCCGAGAGAGAACAAAAUGCGUGAGUGCAUCUCCAUACACGUAGGUCAGGCUGGCGUGCAGAUUGGCAAUGCCUGCUGGGAGCUGUACUGUCUGGAGCAUGGCAUCCAGCCGGACGGGCAGAUGCCCAGCGACAAGACCAUUGGAGGAGGAGACGACUCCUUCAACACCUUCUUCAGUGAGACCGGAGCCGGCAAGCACGUCCCCAGGGCUGUGUUUGUAGAUCUGGAGCCCACAGUCAUUGAUGAGGUGCGCACUGGAACCUACCGCCAGCUGUUCCACCCUGAGCAGCUGAUCACUGGAAAGGAGGAUGCUGCCAACAACUACGCCCGCGGACACUACACCAUUGGCAAGGAAAUCAUUGAUCUGGUCUUGGACAGGAUCCGCAAGCUGGCUGACCAGUGCACUGGACUUCAGGGGUUCCUGGUCUUCCACAGCUUCGGAGGUGGCACCGGUUCUGGUUUCACCUCCCUGCUGAUGGAGCGCCUGUCUGUCGACUACGGCAAGAAGUCCAAGCUGGAGUUCUCCAUCUACCCAGCUCCCCAGGUGUCCACUGCAGUGGUGGAGCCCUACAACUCCAUCCUGACCACCCACACCACCCUGGAGCACUCUGACUGUGCCUUCAUGGUGGACAAUGAGGCCAUCUAUGACAUUUGCCGUAGGAACCUCGAUAUCGAGCGUCCUUCUUACACCAACCUUAACAGGUUGAUUGGCCAAAUUGUGUCCUCCAUUACUGCCUCCCUCCGAUUUGAUGGUGCCCUUAAUGUUGAUCUCACUGAGUUCCAGACUAACUUGGUGCCCUACCCCCGUAUCCACUUCCCCCUUGCCACAUAUGCCCCAGUCAUCUCUGCUGAGAAAGCCUACCAUGAGCAGCUUUCAGUGUCUGAGAUCACAAAUGCUUGCUUUGAGCCAUCCAACCAGAUGGUGAAAUGUGACCCCCGUCACGGCAAGUACAUGGCAUGCUGCCUUCUGUACCGUGGUGAUGUGGUGCCCAAAGAUGUCAAUGCUGCCAUUGCCACCAUCAAGACCAAGCGCUCCAUCCAGUUUGUGGACUGGUGCCCCACAGGUUUCAAGGUGGGCAUUAACUACCAGCCCCCUACUGUGGUGCCUGGUGGUGACCUGGCCAAGGUGCAGAGGGCUGUGUGCAUGCUGAGCAACACCACUGCUAUUGCAGAGGCUUGGGCCAGGCUUGACCACAAGUUUGACCUGAUGUACGCCAAGCGUGCUUUCGUGCACUGGUACGUAGGUGAGGGCAUGGAGGAAGGCGAGUUCUCCGAGGCCAGAGAAGACAUGGCCGCCCUGGAGAAGGAUUACGAGGAGGUCGGUGUUGACUCCAUUGAGGGCGAGGGAGAGGAAGAGGGCGAGGAGUAUUAAAUGCUUCCCCCACGGCAUGUGUUGCCUACUCCCACAUAAACAAAAGGCAUUCCCCGAUCCUGACUUUUGCCUGAAGUAUUAAGUGAUGGCAGGUUAGGCUACCAUGUCCCAGUUGGUAUUAGGCUUCCACUAGUCCACAGACCCUUUAUCAGUGUUCUGGCUUGUCCCAUUGCUAUACCUUUGAGUUACAAGUAUUUUUGUGGCUAGAACCCAAUAAAAACCUCACUCAAACAAUA